AUGGUCAGACUUCUGCCGGCCUUCCAAGGAAAGGCGGGAAAGCCGGAUGCAGGUUCUCCGCCGCCAUGUCAGGAGGCAUGGACCGGACCCAGUCCAUCCAAGAUGAGAGCUUCAAGCGUGGUCACCGACUGCGACGUCAGCGACCUCGGGCUGACGAGUGAGGAUCUGAAAUCGGUUCAGCUGGGGAAGUUGCCCGUGCAGACUACGGGAUGGCUAGAGGCACGUCGAGCCUCCGAGCCCAUCCACGGCGACGGUGCACAGUCUUGGCAUCUCGGCCUGGCUCCCCUUCGGCCUCGCCGUCCAAGUGCUUCUUCGUCCCCUCGGAAACGGCCGAGUCUGCUGCCCCUGGCUCCAGCAACUGGAGGGAACAGCGAGAACUCGGCCAACAACGCAAGUGACAGCGAGGAUUACCAGCUACCUCCGAAUGUCAAGUCAGCAAGAGGGCGUCCUACGGAGUUCUCAGGGACUCAGAGCUGGCAGCUCGGCCAAGAGAAAUCAGAGGCACACCGUACACGCCUCCACAAGAGCAUGGGCCCCCGCAGGGUGCGGACGCAGAGUCAAGAACUGGUGUCCCCGGUGUCAACCAAAGCGUCGACUCCCAGACAGGAAGUGAAGGCCGAAGCCUCGCCACUGCCACUUCUGGAUCAGCGGCCUCCGCCCAUGGCGAUGGCCCCCCGAUGUUUCUCCUUUGCAGAGGACUCCAUGGCAGAUGUGAUGGCCAACAUCCUCGAUGAGGAGCCGGAGUGUGGCUGGAUGGAGGAGUUUUGGCUCCCCGUGCUGGAAGGAUCGCCGCCAGAGAUAUGUGUGUCCAUAUCCGGCCGCUCAAUAAGCCACUGGAUUGAGCUCUUCAAUCGAUGGCAAGCUGCCGGAGGUUGGAAUCCGGGGAGUGCGCCGAGGUUCAUGGAUGCCUACGCCUUUCGUGACUUCAUUGCUGCUCCUAUGACGAAGGCCCUGAAGUGGGUCAAAGUCUUCGAUCCCCCGGCUUUCUCGCAGCUCGAGGCAACGAAGUCCAAGAUGGCUUACCAGAAUGUGAAGAUCAGUCCUGCGGCUUUUCUGACCUCGUCUAUCCUCAUUGCCACGAAGAUUGCGAAGAAACAGAAGAUCCGCUUCAUUCUGGGGGUCUUUGAUGAGGAUGACUCAGAGACUUUCGACCGGAACGAAUUUGUCGAGAUGAUCUCGUCCUUCUUGUUGGGCCUGGGUACUAUAUUCGGCAGCUCCGUCCCCAAGCCCAGCAGACGCCAGUGGAUAGGGAAACUUCUCUUCGAUCGCAUUCAGAUGAUGGCCUGCUGCAAGCUGCCGGCUCUGGAGGCGGCGACACUUAAAUCCUCCGACUCCAUGCCGUUCAGUCUGCUGGAAGAAUGGUUCCUGGGAGAGUCAGGCGAUCCAUUUGCGGUGCCCUUCGCACUCCUCCUGGAGCGCUUUUCUUUGCCAGGCUUUAAUGAGGACCCCGAGAAGUUCGAGGACGAGGACACAAGGUUCAAGAUCACGCAUAGGAGACGUGUAGCGCCUCCGGUGGAGACGGAAAGUUCCUUGGACAUGAGCUUCAUCAAGCGGCACCAGAUUGAACCGCUGCGACGAAUGUUUGACUUCUGCCAAAAGGACUCUUACUAUUCGAUCUCCCACGGAGAGGCAGAGCGGGCACUCGAAACAUCAAUUCAUCCGGACCUGUGGUGCAGCUUCGCAGCACGGGGCUUGGAACAAUUGGAGUCUAUGCCGCAGAGCAGGAAAAGCGUUGCUUUCCUGACCUUUUUGAAGAAGGCCAUGCCACACGCACAACCCCGACACCACCGCAUGUUCUCCUCAUGGCUUCAAGAGUUGGAUGAAAUUGAGCAGCUCAAGAAGCAAGUCGCGACCUCCCGAAGUGAGCAGCAACGUUUCCAAAAUUACAUCUCUCGCUGGCCUCUACAUGCAGUACGCCGGCGGAAGCUGCAGGAGCAGUUCGAGAUGUUGGGGGAGAAGGCCCUUGUGCAUGGUGAUGUCGAGGAGGAGGAGGUCGUCGUGCAAGACCCUAUCCUGGAGCGGCUACAAAGCGCGGACAAGAUGACCAAGGACGACUACGUUGCGGCCAAGUGUGGUGUUGAGCAGCGACCCAACGAGAGCAAACCGCAGCUGGAUCAGGUCGUGGGCGACUUCCUGCGCCACCAGGUAAGGCAGCUUGAGGAAACUCUCGCACAGCUGGAGAGCCUAUUCGCCAGUGGCAAUGGUGUCACAGGAAGGCCAAGCUUCAUCAAGCCUGCUGUCACACAGCGACAGUGGAGCUUGUGGAACGAGGCUUUUGACAUGAUGACUCCUACUUGCGCAAACACUGGCAGAGUGAAUCUGAAAGAGUUCGCCUUUCAGCACGACAUUUGUCCUGCUACAUGCGUAUACCUGUGCCAGAGCAUCGGGCAUGGCACCGAAAUGCACGAUUUGGGCUUUACCAAGGAUGAAUUUCUGCAAAAGAUGCUUGAUACAUUCAGGCAUCGCGUGCGGAAGGAAUUUCUUGUUCAGGGCCGACUCUGCAAAAUGUGA